CAUCUCUCUCUCCCGCGCGCGCUCUCUCUCUCUCUCUUUCUCUCUCGCGCGUUCAUCCGGACAGAUUCUUCUUCUCUCUCUCCAGUGGAUACUGCGGGGAACACACGGAUUGCCUGUAGGAUGGAUUGCUGAAACUCCCUUUGCGAGAUUAUCCAUUUAUUUCUUUUCAUUUCCCUCCCGCCACACUAUCUCGUCUCCAUCCAUCCAUCCAUGUGUCCGGACGGGUUCUGAUUCGGACAGAAUGCGGAUCCUGGUGUUGAUUCCGCUGCUGUGGGGACUCAGUGAAGGGGCUUUUCCCAGCAGUGUCCAAAUCGGUGGGUUGUUUAUAAGAAACACGGAUCAAGAGUAUACAGCUUUCCGCUUGGCCAUAUUUCUCCACAACACGAGUCCAAACGCCACGGAAGCCCCAUUCAACCUGGUUCCACACGUCGACAACAUCGAGACGGCCAACAGCUUUGCUGUCACCAAUGCCUUUUGUUCGCAGUAUUCCCGAGGAGUCUUCGCGAUAUUCGGCCUGUACGAUAAGCGCUCGGUUCACACGUUGACGUCGUUCUGCAGUGCGCUGCACAUCUCUCUGGUGACGCCCAGUUUCCCUGCGGAGGGCGAGACACAGUUCGUGCUGCAGCUGCGUCCGUCCAUCCGGGGGGCGCUACUGAGUCUUCUCGACCAUUACGACUGGAACCGAUUCGUAUUCCUGUACGACACAGACAGAGGAUACGCCAUCCUGCAGGCCAUAAUGGAGAAGGCGGGUCAAAACGGUUGGCAGGUUAGCGCCAUCUGCGUGGAGAACUUCAAUGACGCGAGUUACCGAAGGCUGCUGGAAGACCUGGACCGGCGACAGGAGAAGAAGUUCGUCAUCGACCUCGAGGCAGAGCGACUCCAGAACAUUCUAGAGCAGAUUGUGAGUGUGGGGAAACAUGUGAAAGGAUAUCACUACAUCAUCGCUAACCUGGGUUUUAAGGAUAUUUCUCUUGAGAGGUUUAUGCAUGGCGGGGCAAACGUAACUGGUUUCCAGUUGGUGGAUUUCAGCAAAGCAAUGGUGAUCAAACUAAUGCAACGCUGGAAUAAACUAGACCAGAGGGAGUAUCCAGGUUCUGAGAGCCCACCCAGGUACACAUCAUCAUUGACGUACGAUGGUGUGCUAGUGAUGGCGGAGGCGUUUCGAAAUCUGCGCAGACAGAAGAUCGACAUCUCUCGCAGAGGCAACGCUGGAGACUGCCUUGCCAACCCAGCUGCUCCUUGGAAUCAGGGCAUUGAUAUGGAACGAACUCUGAAACAGGUGAGAAUCCAGGGUCUCACUGGGAAUAUUCAGUUUGAUCAUUAUGGACGCAGAGUCAACUACACCAUGGAUGUCUUUGAGCUAAAGAGUAACGGCCCCCGCAAGAUCGGUUACUGGAACGACCUGGAUAAAUUGGUUCUGGUCCAGAAUGAGCUUUCGAUGGGCAACGACUCAGCUAUGGAGAACAGGACGGUUAUCGUCACGACUAUAAUGGCGAUGGAGAAUUUUACCUCUGCAGGAUCAUCAUCGUUUCCAUCACUGCUAAAGAAUCCGCUGUUCAGACACUGAGCAGAGAGAAGAGGACGAGACAACUGUGAGACAUCAGAGAUAGUGUAACCCCUCUCUCGCAUGAUUCAGCUGUUUUCAGACACUCCUUCAGCUGGGACUGCAGCGUUAAACAUUCAGUAACAUUCAUCCCACGUACCUGAGGUGCAAUGCCAAGGGUGUAAAAAGCAGCUUUGUGGGUAUUUCAUUUUGUCUUUUUGUGACUGCUUGGCCUUGCUUUAUGAAUUACACAGUUGGCAUUUAAAGGCAUCAUGAAAUCGAAACAAAUCUUAACAAAUGUCCCUGCUCUCAUUGUGCAUGAUACUAUAUUCUUAAAAAAUGUCUGAUUUUAUAAUAUUUAAGUGUAAUAACUUUCUCCGCCUAUGCAACCACUUUCUUGCUAACAUAAACAAGGUCACAUGGACAUUGAUACAAACCAGUAAUAGCAAUUAGGGAUGCACCGAUAUGAAAAUUUUGGCCGAUACCAAUAACCGAUAAUUCUUUAUAUUUGGAUGCCGACAACCGAUAUAUUGGCCGAUGAAUCUAAAUCCCAAUUUUUAUAUCAUUUUUGAGAGCCUGAUUACAAAAACAAAAGUCUCAUCAUUAAAAUCCACAUCCCAAACACGCAAUUAUAAUGUUCUCAUUAUAAUAUUAUGUAGCAUAUAUGACAAACGUGUGCUGCACAUGUUGUACUUUUCCUUUUUGAAGUGAUUUCAAUCAAACUUCAAACAAUUCAAAACCAUCAUGGUGAACAGUGUGAGUCUGAAGUGUCUCAGCUGAAGGAAAUAAUCCAUUAUUUAUCGACUUUCAUAUAUCAACCAAAUUUCUUAUUGGGCCGAUAACGAUAACAUUAAAAAUGAACAUAUAUCGACCGAUACUGAUAUUGUGGCCGACAUAUCGUGCAUCCCUAACAGCAAUGACCCAGAUGAAUAAAAUCAAGCCUUACCAUUAAUUAUUUCCCAAUGAUAUUCAGUUUUACUCAGAAAUAUUUAAUAUUACAGCAGUUAAAUAUAUAUAAAACCAGGAAUAUGUUAAAAACAAAAUGUUUUUUAUAUAUACAAAUGUUUCCACAAUUUAGUGCACGUUAUUCUAAAGAGAAAAAUGUUUUUAAAUCUUUUAUCUAAAUGUAAUAACUUUAUAGACUUUUCUGGUGACAUAAUCAUGGGUGGGAAAAAAUAAUAUUAACCAAUAAUAUCAUAGCAAAUGAUUCAAUCAAACCCUAUAACAUAAAAUAUUAUUCAUUCUAAAAUUAUGAAGUUAGAGCAUUAUGGCACGUUAUGGAUUUUACAUGCCUUUAAAUGUCCUGAAAAACAUCAGAGGAUUGUGUUUCAUGGAGGUCUGGUUACCUGAGAUGGUGUUUUCUGUGUUUAUGGAGACUGGAGGAUAAUCUUCAUCACAAUGAGGAGCACUGAUAUACUAUUAUAGUUUUUUUAAUAUUUUAAUUAGUUUAUUUUCUGUUAACAAUUUUUUAUUAUUUUAUUAUUAUUUCAACAAGUAACAAAAAUGUUUUUUAAUGGUUUUAGUUGUAGUUAAUGAUAAUAACCCUGGAGCAAACAGUCUCUUUCCCUGAAUUCAUGUGACAGUGGUAUGAUCCACUAACAAAAAUGCCCUGAAUGUUUGAAAUGCAAGCAUGUUAGACUGUUUGUAUAUUCAUCAGGAUCAUACAUCAUUCAAAAUUGAAUUGAGACUGCAUUCACACUGCAGGUCACAAUGCACAAUUCUGAUUUGUUGACGAUAGUUUACAUCAUCUUUUAAAAAGACCCAUAUCCGAUAUCUGCAUUUACACUAUACACUUGGGCUUGGCGAAACAACCCAAGGUACUGUAGACGUACUGACUCGGAAAAGCUUAGGCCGAAAAGGAAGUAAAAAUGGACUGAUUUGCAACGGAUGCAGAGCUUUUGCUUUCCACACCAUCUCUAAAGGUCAGCAAAACAUUGGGUUGAGCCUUCAUUCUCCAUUGCGUCACUGAAAAGAGUCAUGUGAUCGAGGUUGGUGUCCACCUGAGUUGGCAUCAUUCUCCACUGCCUUUUUUUCAGUGAAGUACGACUCGCAUUGACGGGAAUAUCCGAUCUAUUCGCUUACAUGGCGGACAAAAAUACAUGUAUCCAAUUCAUUUCAGAUUUAUUUCCACAUAUGAAUGAGGCCUGAAAACGAUCAGAGAAUAUCAGAAUCCAUGUGCUUUUUUCGUGGGUCAUAUCCAAUCUGUGCCGCGUGGGAGGAAAAAAAAAAAUCGGAAUUGGGUCAGUUGAACCAUGUAAUGUAAAUGCGGCCAUAAUGUCCAAUUUAAUUCUCUCCAAAACUCCUCAAGUACAUUAGUUAAAUGUUUGUGACACACCUUGUAGACUCUCUAUUCUAAAUACAGCCUACAGGAAGCAACCAGUGUACAGUGUCACCGUGACAGUAUUCCCAAAUAGUUUUUUACACCAAGUCACGGCCUUUACAAAGAAUAUAAAGGCCUGAUCUCUCUCGCUGUCUCUCACUCUCUCGCUUCUGGUGAGGAUUUCAUCCUUGGUUACACACAUAUUGGCUGCUGAAGUGUGUGUGUGUGUGUGUGUGUUGAUUAUCUGACUUAACUGCAGAAAACUAAACAGCUCUUCAACAAAAUCAACACAAGUUGCUCUCUGAGACGAAACGGCUUGAUUUAGAUUCUGUGCUGUUAGACUGAUGUAUUAAACUCUGUUGAAAAUGUAAAACAUGAAUUGAAAUUCACCUAUUUACUGUUAAGGGAUAGUUCACCCAAAAAUGAAAUGAAAAAUCUGUCAUCAUUUACUCAUUUAAGGUGUAUAAUUACUUGAGGGGGAGUAAAUGUAAGUAUAGCUACUUGAGGGGGAGUAAUUUAUACAAACCUGUAUACAUUUCUUUGUUCUGCUGAACACAAAGGAUGUUUGUAACCAAGCAGAUCCCGCCCCCGAUUGGCUACCAUAUGGUAGUCAAUUUUGCGCGAUAUCUGCUUGGUUACAAACAUUCUUCCAAAUAUCUUCCUUUGUGUUCAGCAGAACAAAGAAAUUUAUACAGGUUUGGAACAACUUGAGGGAGAAUAAAUUAAGACAGAAUUUUCAUUUUUGGGUGAACUAUCACUUUAACAAAACUUUUCCGACCUCUGAAACAGCUGUCCUUCUCAGCCGAUGUCAUUUAGGUUAAUAAUAUAUUAACCAAUAUCCAAUAUAUUAAUUAAAAUUCAUACCCUGUCAUUAAAAGGAAUAUUUCAAUUUAUUAAAACUUAUAGUAGGAAUCGUU